GACAGGGUGUGGGCCAGUGGGAAGAGUUUAAACUGCGUGAUUGCCAUGGUGGACAGGCUGCUUGAAAAAGACAACAUCAGCAACAUUAAAGAGGGUGAAAAUGACCCUUCAGCAGCAGAUUGCAAGGUGUUGCAUACAGGUGGUGACUGGUAUGAACAGCUUUAUCCCUUGGUGAUUACGCUGAAGGACUGCAUGGGAGAGGUGGUGACCAGGGCGAAGCAAUCGAUGGCGUUUGUUCUGCUCCAGGAACUUGCCUGUGGUUUGCCACAAUGUUUGAUGCUGACUCUAAGAAGAGACAUCGUCUUUAGUCAAGCACUCGCCGGAUUGGUCUGUGGGUUUAUAAUCAAAUUGCACACAGGUUUAAAUGAUCAAGGAUUUUUACAACAGCUUCAUACUGUUGGAUUGCUUGUGCAAUAUGAAGGACUCCUUAGUACAUAUAGUGAAGAAGCAGGGAUGCUAGAAGACAUGGCUGUGGGAAUUUCAGAUUUACAGAAAGUAAUGUUUAAAGUCAUUGAAGCCAAAUCAGAAGAUUUUUUGCCUAUUAUAACUGGAAGACGUGAACAUUACAUAAUAGAGGUCCAGCUUCCAGCAAAGAUGUUCGAGUUGCUGCCACAGGAGAUUAAAGAAGGAAAACUACUUCGCAUGUAUCCAGUAUUCUUUAAUGUUGGAAUCAAUGAACAGCAAACACUUGCAGAGAGGUUUGGAGAUACCACUUUGCAGGAAAACAUUAACCAGGAAAACUUAGAACUUCUAAAAGAAUAUUACAAGCUGUUUACAGAAAAAAUGCCUUCUGAUUGUCUACCACAUUUUCAAGAACAAAAUGAUUUAAAGGGAUUGCUAGAAAAUCUCCAUCAAAAUAUCCAGGCCAAAAAGAGAAAGAAUGUAGAAAUCAUGUGGCUGGCUGCAACGAUUUGCCGUAAACUGAAUGGAGUCCGUUUCACCUGUUGCAAAAGUGCCAAAGACCGGACAUCCAUGUCAGUGACGCUGGAGCAGUGCUCCAUCUUGAGGGAUGAACAUCAGCUUCACAAAGACUUCUUUAUUCGGGCGCUGGAUUGUAUGAGAAG